UAAUUCACAACAACAACUCACUGGUCCUUUUCAUCAGCAGCAACUACCACAAUUUGGAUUUCAAUCAAAUAUUCCUUCAAAUGAUUUAAAUGAAGAAUUUAAAAUUGAAAAACUACAGGAAAUUCCUUCACCAUCACUUCCUCCAAUUAGUCAAGACUACAAAGAAACAAAGGAUAAACCAAACAAUAGAAUAAUCAAUGAAAACAAAGCAAUUAUUGAUAAACCUAAGGUUAAUUGGUUAGAAUGGCUCAAUGAGGCAAUUCAGAAUGAACACAUUAAUUUUCAUGAAUAUAGUAGGUUUAAAAAUCUUCAAAAAAUUGGUGAUGGUGGUUCUGCAAAAGUUUAUAAAGCAAUAUAUAACAAUAGCACUUGUGCCUUGAAAUCAUAUAAAUUUGGUAUAACAAAUAUGAAAGAAGUUGUUAAUGAGUAUGCAGAUAGUGGAACACUAAGAAGUUACCUACGUGAAAAUUUUGAGUCAAUCAGUUGGGAUCUAAAACUGAAAUUUGCACAUGAGAUUGCAUCAGCUGUUUUAUGUUUACAUGAAAACAAUAUUAUCCAUCGAGAUUUGCAUUCAAAAAAUUUCUUGGUUCAUCAAGAAACCAUAAAAUUGGCAGAUUUUGGACUUUCCCGUAAAAUACUUGAAUCUACACCCACUUCAACAUCCCAAUUGGCAGGAAUAACAUCUUAUGUUGACCCACAAUGUUUCAAUGAAAAAGUAUAUAAGCCAAACAAAAAAUCAGAUGUAUAUAGUGUGGGUGUCUUAUUAUGGGAGUUGACUAGUAACAGGCCACCUUUUGAUAAUCUGGAUUCACAUUAUCGAAGAUAUGGUUUAGCACUUGAUAUUUUGAAAGGAACUUGUGAGGAACCUAUUCCUAAUACACCUGAUGAGUAUGUUAAUUUAUACAAAGCAUGUUGGCAGGGUGACCCAAAGAGCAGGCCUGAUAUUCAAGAUGUUGAAAAAAUGCUUAUUGGAAUGAUUUCAGGCUCAAAUAUUGUUGAUAGAGGAAAAUA